CCUCCAUCUAUAGUGUGCUGAGUUACUGAGAAAUGCUCAGUUGUGACAAGGUAACUUUAUCACAGCUCCUUCAUUGGCCCCUCACAGGGCGCUGCCAGCUGUUAAAGAGCAAUGCCUGCUGCUGCCCGACAUUCAUGUAGGACAUUGGGAUUGUGGUCCUUGGCUGUAGGUGCUUGAUAAUGAAUGGCAGGUGGACUCAGGCAUGUGAAAGUUGUUCUCUACAACAAGUUUUGUCUGAUAAGGAAAGAAAACAGAUACUGGAAUUCAUUGAAUGGCAGAGAAAUUCAAGAACUUCAGUUUUAUUUCUGACACAAAUGAUCUGUUUUGUAAUGUCUGUGCUUUACUGGACAUUUAGUAGUGGAUCAAAUUCUUUUCCCUUUGACUUAAUCUGGAAUAAUUCCCUUACCUCUUCUUCCAGUGUUAUUACCUCACGGAACAUUUCUUCUGCUUCAGUGCAGUAAAAAAGCUCUCUCUCUGGACUCUUAUUUAUUCAGACCCUCAGAGGUGACUUGAUAAGGAUUACUUGAUGAUUUUUGAAGUGUGGUUGCUAAAGAGAAUUUAAAAAAGCAGAACUAACUGAAAGAGGCUACCUGCUGUUCUUCAGGUCAUCCUUGUUGAAAGAGGUUUUUAAAAUACUGUAUGUUUUAAUAAGGCUUGUCCUUAUUAAGUAGUUAAGAGCAGUGGGAAGCUUCAGGCUGUGAUCUUCCAUCGAGAUUGCUCUGGCUUUACCUUGCCCUUAGAAUAUGGCAUUCAAAAUGUCUCAAACAUUUGUGAGUUUGAUGGUGUUUAAAACAUCCUGCUUGCUUGUGCUAUUAACAUUUAAUUAGCCAUCUGUUUGAAAAGGAUAACUCUAACUGAACCCUCAUCAUUUUCAGGCUAUUACUCAAACCGAUAGCCAAGAAAGAAAACAGACAGAUGCGUAAGUCCUCCUUUUUUGGUCCUCUUUCCUCCUUAAAAAAAAGCCAACCAAGCCUGUGCGGAGAGGAGAAACAGUAUCUUUUCUGAUAAUUGGAAAUAAAAUAUUUGUCAGGUAGAGGCUGCCAGCUGAGAGCCAUUGGACUUGUUUUCCUUGAAAUUCUAAAAUGAGUAACAUUGGUGCAGAGGAAAAGUCAUCCUCCUAGAAAAUUGGCAUGAUGAACAAAUCCUUUAGGAGCCUUCCACUCCUUGGUUUGGGACCUGACUUUCUACUUUCCUGCAGAGUUGGCAGUGGCAACAGCCAGAGAUGUAAUUCUCCCCUCUGCUUGGUUGUUGGGAGGAGGUCAGCAAGUGGUGCUUCAGGAGCAGCUCUCGACUGUUCAGCUCUUUAUUCUCCCCCUGUGCUCAGCGCUGGUGAGGCCACACCUGUGUCCAGUUCUGAGCCCCUCAGUUCAGAAGGGACAGUGAGGUGCUGGAGCAAGAGCAGAGAGGGGCAGUGAAGCUGGUGUAGAGUCUGGUGCCCAGAUCUGAUGAGGAGCAGCUGAGGGAGCUGUUGAGCCUGCAGAGGAUGUUUAGGAGAAUUGUCACUCCCUACAACUACCUGGAAGUAGGGUGUAGCCAGGUGGGAGCAACAGGCCAAGAGGCACAGCCUUAAGCUGGACCAGGGGCGAUUCAGGUUGGACAUUAAGAGGAAUUUCACAGAAGGGAUGACUAGAUAGGGUGGUGGUGUCACCGUCCCUGGAGGUGUUAUAAGGAAAGACUGGACGUGGCAUUCAGUGCCAUGGGCUGGCUGGCAUGGUGGUGUUCGGUCAGAGGGUGGACUCCAUGAUCUCAGAGAGCUUUUCCAACCUAAUUAAUUCUGUGACUCCGUGACAGCGUCGUGAGGCCCGAUCACGCUUUGGGCCGUUCGGUGCGUGUCCCUGCAGGCCGUGCGAGCAGGGCCAUCCCAGCGCCUUCCCGGCGCCUUCCCCGCGCCUGCCGGGCCGCGCUUCCCGGCCUACAGCCCCCGCCGCGCCGCGCGCCGCCUCCCGCGCAUGCGCCCCGGCAGCGGCGUGUGGGGCCGCCGGGUCGGGGCCGGGCGCCCGCCCUGAGGGGACGGCGGCGGCGGCAGCAGGCAGUGGCUGUGGCCUCCGGGACGGCUCUUGAUGUCUCUUCACAGAACUGGGAGAUGUCAUUCAUAGUGACUCUUCUUCUGAAGAAGGAUGAAGGGAAUUCCUGAGGGGCAGCAGAGAGGAGGGGCAUAUUUCUGGAGGAAUUGCACUGAUCAGGGAAUGAUAGAAUUGAGGAGUGUAACAUCUCACCUCUGUGGACAGCAUUUCUGGACCUGCUGACACCUGUGUCACUCAGCCUUGCCUAGUGCAAUGUCAGGGAGGCUGUUCACUGGGACUCCGCCUGAGACUGGAAGGGUGCUUGUCUUGAACAAAAUAGCAAGAUUAUAGGCAUACCUUCAUUGCUGCAUCUCUCUGUACAUGAUCUGACAAUAUCCCAGCCCGUUGGGAAAAAAAGGGAGCAGUUGAGCAUCUUUCUAAGGGCUCUGAUUUUUCAUUCGAGUGCCUGAGCGACAGUUUCAGGGAACUCUGGAGUUCUGCUGGUGCUGGUCCAUAGGAGGAAUUUACUUCUGCAAAAUAAUAUUUAUUUGGUGAUGAUACCCCCUGGUUUGUUGCUGAUCACACAGCUUUUCCAAGCAGGCCAUCACACUCCCUCUGCUGGGGGUCCCUUCUCAGCGCUCACCCCCAGCAUUUGGCCUCAGGAGAUCCUGGCAAAAUACACACAGAAAGAAGAAUCCGUCGAGCAGCCGGAGUUCCGCUAUGAUGAAUUUGGUUUCCGAGUUGACAAGGAAGAUGGUGCUGAGCCAAACUCCAGCAAGCUUCUGGGAGUCCCACUGACAGAGGAGCCUCAGCAGAGGCUCAAGUGGCAGGCUCAUCUGGAAUUCACACACAACCAUGAUGUGGGUGACCUCACCUGGGACAAAAUUGAGGUCACCCUGCCACAUUCAGACAAGCUGCGCUCCCUGGUGCUGGCCGGCAUCCCACAUAGCAUGAGGCCACAGCUGUGGAUGCGCCUUUCAGGGGCUUUGCAGAAGAAGAGGAACUCAGAGAUGUCAUAUCGAGAUAUCGUGAAAAACAGCUCUAACGAUGAAACCAUUGCUGCCAAACAGAUUGAAAAGGACUUGCUACGCACAAUGCCCAGCAACGCCUGCUUCUCCAACAUGAACAGCAUCGGGGUGCCACGGCUGCGCAGAAUACUACGGGGACUUGCCUGGCUCUACCCAGACAUUGGAUAUUGUCAGGGCACUGGCAUGGUGGCUGCCUCUCUGCUGCUCUUCUUGGAGGAGGAAGAUGCCUUCUGGAUGAUGUGUGCUAUCAUUGAGGAAUUGGUUCCUGCCUCCUACUUCAGCACCACCCUCAUGGGUGUGCAGACAGAUCAGCGUGUCCUGCGGCAGCUCAUCGUGCAGUACCUGCCCCGCCUGGACAAGCUGCUUCAGGAGCACGACAUUGAGCUCUCCCUGAUCACCUUGCACUGGUUCCUCACCUCUUUUGCUAGUGUUGUCCACAUCAAGCUGCUGCUGCGUAUUUGGGACCUCUUCUUCUACGAGGGCUCUCUGGUGCUGUUCCAGGUCACUUUGGGUAUGCUAAGUAUGAAGGAGGAUGAGCUGAUCCAGUCCGAGAACUCUGCCUCGAUCUUCAACACGCUGUCAGACAUCCCGAGCCAGAUUGAAGAUGCAGAUGUGUUGCUGCGAGAGGCCAUGCGCGUGGCUGGCUCGCUGACGGACGUGGCGGUGGAGACCCAGCGCCGCAAACACCUGGCCUACCUCAUCGCUGAGCAGGGGCAGCUGCUCAACUCCAGCACCACUGUCAACAACCUAUCCAAAAUUGUGCGACGCAGGACUCAGCGCAGGAAAUCCGGCAUCACCUCUCUGCUUUUCGGGGAUGAUGAUCUGGAGGCACUGAAAGCCAAGAACAUCAAGCAGACAGAGCUGGUGGCUGACCUGCGUGAGGCCAUUCUCCAGGUGGCACGGCACUUCCAGUGUGUGGAUCCCAAGAACUGCAUAAUUGAUCUGACCCCAGACUACAGCAUGGAGAGCCACCAGCGGGACCACGAGAACUACGUGGCCUGUUCCCGCAACCGGCGCCGCCGAGCCAAGGCACUGCUGGAUUUUGAGCGGCACGAUGACGACGAGCUGGGCUUCCGCAAGAACGACAUCAUUACGAUCAUUUCCCAGAAGGAUGAGCACUGUUGGGUGGGAGAGCUGAAUGGACUGAGAGGUUGGUUUCCUGCAAAAUUUGUGGAGAUCUUGGAUGAGCGGAGUAAAGAGUACUCCAUCGCUGGAGAUGACUCUGUCACAGAGGGAGUGACAGACUUGGUGCGAGGGACACUCUGUCCAGCCUUGAAGUCCAUAUUUGAACAUGGAUUAAAGAAGCCAUCUCUGCUGGGGGGGGCCUGCCACCCUUGGCUGUUCAUUGAAGAGGCUGCAAGCCGGGAAGUGGAACGGGACUUUGACUCCGUGUAUUCUCGCCUCGUGCUCUGCAAGACUUACAGGCUUGAUGAAGAUGGCAAAGUCCUCACUCCAGAGGAGCUGCUUUACCGGGCGGUUCAGGCCGUGAACAUGACGCACGAUGCUGCACAUGCACAGAUGGAUGUGAAGCUUCGUUCUCUUAUCUGUGUUGGACUCAAUGAGCAGGUGCUGCAUUUGUGGCUAGAGGUGCUGUGCUCAAGCCUGCAGACCGUGGAGAAGUGGUUCCAUCCCUGGUCGUUCCUGCGCAGUCCUGGCUGGGUGCAGAUCAAAUGUGAGCUGAGAGUCCUCGGCAAAUUUGCUUUCAGCCUCUCUCAGGACUGGGAGCUGCCAAUAAAGAGAGAGGAGAAGGAGAAGAAGCCACUGAAGGAAGGGGUGCAGGACAUGCUCGUGAAGCACCAUCUCUUCAGCUGGGACAUAGAUGGGUGACCCCUACUCUGCCCCAUCCUGGGGACCUUCUCCAUGGCCACACUCAUCUCCUCCACCCCCCUCAUGUCUCACACCCUGCCUUUCCCCACCCCACCCACUUGUAUCUUGUGACAAAUUCCCCCCUGGGGGCUGCCAAACCACCUGGGACAGAUGGAGCAGUGCCAGGAGGCUGAGCUGCAGACCUGAGGGGGUUGAUGGUUGAGGGUGAUGCUGCAAAGGGACAAGUGUGUUCUGGCUACUAAAAGCAAGUGCCCCUUCCCAGCUUUCCACAUCUCUGCCACCCCUAUCUUCUGCUUUCCUCAGCCCUGCCUCCCCACCAGUGCCCAGGGGAGCAGCCUGCCUGGAGCCAUUGUGCCCUUCCCCACGGGCCAGCAGUGUGGGGAUGUGUGUCUGUGGCUGGAGCUGUGGGGAAGCGAUGGCCCUUUUGGAGUGGCUUUGAUCCAUGAGAGCUGGUGCCAUUGACAGUUGGCACUGCAGCUGCAUGUGGAAUUGGGCUGGUGAGAGACUCACUGCUGUACUGGAGCAGGGAGGGCACAUCCCCUCCCCAUGGCAGCCAAGGGCUCCCCUCUGCUGGGGGACACAUGUACAAGUUCCUUUCACCUGGACCUAAGAAGGGGGAACUGGCAUCAGUUUCAUCCCACUUCCCUGGCACUGGUGUGGGGUGUUGAUGGGAGUUGCCCAAAUUUACCAGCCUGUUACCACUGUAACAGCCUUAGGGGGAUGGUCAUUGUCUACUCUGGGAGCAGACAAAAACCACCUCUCCUCUAAACAAGAGUGUUUCAUGGUGUCGUUUUAGUCUCGAGAUGAUUUUUACUGUUAACCAAAAAGCUGUAAAUUUACUCCAGGAACAUGUAUAUUUUGGCACUGUUGUAGCUCAGGACAAGGUUUAGGUUGGAGCUGGCUCAGGGAGACUAACUCGUUCUCCUUGCCCUGCAAUGGCAACGGGGACGUGGGUCAGGAGUGGAGAAUUGCUGCUUUGUGGUGGUGGCUCUGGAUACGGAGUCUGUGACUUUCUACUGAAAGCGCUUGUCUGUGAGCACAAACUACUGAUGGGAUGACACUAGAUUCUUACUUUCCUUUAUUUGAUGGGUUUGUAAAUAAAAACUGCAUCUUGGGAGA